AUGCUGACUUUCGAUGUGAUAUUGUGGAAACAUCUUGCUCGAAACAGAAAGGAAAAGAAUCCUAUCGUAUGGUUCAUGCGCAGAUUGUUGAAGUGUAGGAACAACACAAAAACGGAAACUGUAGACGUAAAUGGAACUCUCCACAGUGUCUAUGUCAUUUUACUCGAUUCUACAGCACAUACACAAGGUAUAAGGAAUCUGCCACAGACAAUGCAUUUUUUCGAAAAUUCUAUGCAAGCAGUAACCUUCCCACAUAUAAAUAAAGUUGGUUUGAACAGUCGACCGAAUGGAGUGGCACUAUGGUUUGGGAAACGAUUGGAAGCAGUGAACAGAAAACUUUUCGGCUUACCCGACAUUCCACCAGACUGGACACAUGAACAUUAUUGUAAAACAUUCCUGGACAAUGAGACAUCUUUGUUCAAAGAAUACUCCGAUCGAGGUUACAAGACCUUGCUGGCUGAAGACUGGAUGAAAGGAACCCUUAAUUGGCCAAAUUGUUGGGGAUUCAAUAAACAACCGACAGACCACUAUAUGAGGUAG